AUGAGCUCAGAAAAGCGCAGUAUCUCGUCGCGCGACGGCGACAGUGCGGCGGACCCCGAGAAGGCCCCCACAGGCAGCCCCGCUGAUCUCCAAGCACGCUUCCCCGAUGUCAACGAGGCGAAGGUCAUCCGCAAGAUUGACCUGCGCGUGGUGCCGGUGUUAUGCGCAUUGUACCUGCUCGCUUUCCUAGACCGAGUGAAUAUCUCGAAUGCGGCGGUGUUUGGCCUGAAGAGCGACCUGAACUUGACUGGGACGCAGUUCAACCAGGCUUUGGUAGUCUUCUUCGUGCCCUACGUCCUCUUCGAAAUCCCCUCGAAUGCGCUACUCAAGCACUUCAAGCCCCACGUCUGGUUGUCCUUCUGUAUGUUCUGUUUUGGCCUCAUAACCCUGCUCCAGGGCUUCGUGCAGAACCUCUCCGGCCUCAUCGCGACGCGCUUCUUCCUCGGGGUCGUCGAGACCGGAGUCUUCCCCGCGUGUUUCUAUCUCAUCGCGAUGUGGUACAAGCGCGAGGAGGCCCAGAAGCGCUACUCGUUCUUCUUCUCGUCUACUACCCUCGCGGGCGGUUUCGGUGGCCUCCUUGCCAGUGCCAUCGGGAAGAUGGACGGACUCCAGGGGUUCAGGGGUUGGCGGUGGAUCUUCAUACUUGAGGGUCUUCUUACCGUUCUCGUGUCCUUCAUCCUCUUUUUCACCAUUUCGGACUUCCCGGAGGAUGUCACGUGGCUUAGCAAGGAAGAGAAGGAGUUCGUCCAGGCCCGUCUGUACGAAGACGUCGGCACCUCGAGGAGAGAUGAACCGCUCACCGUUAAGGAUGUUAUCGGCGUCUUCAAGGAUUGGAAGAUCAUCUGCGGCGGGUUCAUGUACUUCGGUCUGGUCGUCCCCGCAUACGGCUAUGCCUACUUCGCGCCUAGCAUCAUCCAGAGCUAUGGCUAUUCCGCCAUCCGCACGCAGCUGCUUUCCGUGCCGCCAUGGGCGUGUGCGUUUGCCACAGCUAUGAUCUCCGCGACGCUCUCGGACUGGGCACGGAAGCGCUUCCUGUUCAUUCUGCCCACCAUCGCCAUCUCUUUGACGGGCUUCAUCAUCCUGCUCGUCGUGCACAACAACGUUCACUUGCAGUACGGCGCCCUGUUCCUCGCGACGAGUGGGACGUACUCGGCGAUGCCGAUUAUCGUGUGUUGGUUCAACACGAAUCUGGGCGGUCACCACAGGCGCGCAGUGGGUACGGCAUGGCAGGUCGGAUUCGGCAACAUCGGUGGUAUCAUCUCCACCUUCGCCUUCCUCUCCAAGGACGCGCCGAAGUACAUCCCCGGCUACAGCAUCUGCAUCGCCUUCAUCGGCCUCUCGCUCAUGGCCUGCACGAUCUACUUCUUCGGCGUGACCUGGGAGAACAAGCAGCGCGAACGCUUGCAGGCGAAGGGCGCUUACGACCAUCUCUCGCCCGUGGAGCGCAAGCAGAUGGGCGACCUCGACCCGGACUACCGCUACUUCGUGUAA